AUGGCUAACAAAGUUUUUACGGUCCAGAUCUUCUUCAUUGUUUUGAGAGAGACCUUGGAGGCCGUCGUCGUUGUUGCGGUUCUUCUUGCUUUCUUGAAACAGAGUUUGGGCAAUAAGAGCCCUGCUGUGUACAAGCGGCUCCGGAAGCAAGUUUGGCUGGGUGCUCUUUUUGGUAUUCUUAUCUGUUUGAUCUUGGGAGGUGCAUUUAUUGGUGCUUACUACUCUCUCAAGAACGAUAUCUGGAACAAAUCCGAAGACUUGUGGGAAGGUAUUUUCUCCCUUAUUGCUACCAUCUUGAUUUCUCUCAUGGGUAUUGCCAUGUUGAGAGUCAACAAGAUGCAGGCCAAGUGGAGAGUCAAGAUCGCCAGAGCCCUAGUGACACCACCUGCCACCAGAGCUGAACGGUUCAAGUUUGGCUACCUUGUCAAGAAAUACUCCAUGUUCCUUCUCCCAUUCAUCACGUGUUUGAGAGAAGGCUUGGAAGCCGUUGUUUUUGUCGGUGGUGUCGGUAUCGGUACCCCAGCAUCUUCCUUCCCAUUGCCAGUUUUUUGUGGUCUGAUUGCUGGUAUCGGCAUCGGGGUCUGCCUUUUCUACGGAGGUGCCACGGUUUCACUGCAGUUAUUCUUGUGCAUCUCAACUGCUAUCCUUUAUCUGAUCUCUGCUGGUCUCUUUUCCAGAGCAGUUUGGGACUUCGAGACUUACAUCUUUAACAAACAGACUGGUGGUGAUGCCUCCGAAAACGGUUCCGGACCAGGUACCUACAACAUCAAAAAGUCUGUGUGGCACGUCAACUGCUGCAACCCAGAGAAAGAUAACGGUUGGGAUGUCUUCAAUGCUUUGCUGGGAUGGCAGAACUCUGCCACCUACGGUUCCGUUUUGUCGUACAACAUCUACUGGAUUGCCGUCAUGGUGACUCUGGUUUUGAUGUAUUACGAGGAAAGACACGGUCACCUUCCAUUAACCAAGAACCUGACCCUCAGAAAGCUGAACCCAAUGUGGCACAUCAAAAAGAAGGGCAAGAACGAAUUAUCUGCCGAGGAAGAGGCCCGUCUUUUCAAGGAGGCCAACAAGAAGCUUGCUGAGCAAGCUCAAAAUCUUGACGGUUUGAGUGAAUCAGGAGCUGCCAAGGUCGAGAGAGUCGCUGACGAUGAAACAACUUCUUUCAAAUGA